AUCAUUCUUAGCACAGCAAUCGUAGAGAAUGGCUCUCAAGGUCUUCAUGCUCCUCGCUCUCGUGGCAGCCGCCCUCGCCCGCCCUGACAGUCCUCCUGCCUAUGGCUACGGAACUCCACCACCCUCUUACGCCCCUGCCAAGUACGACUUCAACUACGCCGUCAACGACCCACCAUCCGGCAACGAUUUCGGCCACCAGGAGUCUCGUGAUGGAGACUACACUCAGGGUUCCUACUACGUCCUGCUUCCUGACGGUCGCCUGCAGAGGGUCACCUACAAUGUCAAUGGCGAUUCUGGCUACCUGGCCGAGGUCACCUACGAGGGAGAAGCCCAGUACCCUACCCAACAGCGUGCUUACACUCCUGCUCCAACUUACGGAUAAUAUGUUUUAAUAUUUACUUACUUUUUUAUGAAAUGGACAUUGCACAACUGAGAAACGUUGUAGUAUUCUAUUCGAAAUUAUUUAUUAUCAACUAUUCCUUUUUUGUUCUGCUACUUUUGAUGCAGUAAUCUGAAAUAAUCUGUUUAUCCAUUUCGUAUAUCCAUAUUGUUGACUAUAUAACUGUGUAUCUAUCUAUUCUAUAUAUGAAAUACUAUAUUAUCUAUAUAUGCCUAUCAGUAUACCAGAUCCUUUAUGGCUGUAUCUUUUUUUAUAAGUUUAGCAAUAGUUCUUAUGUGUGUGUGUGUGUGUGUUUGUGUGUGUGUGUUUGUGUGUGUGUGUGUGUGUGUGUGUGUGUGUGUGUUGGUGUGUGAGUGAGUGAGUGAGUGAGUGUGUGUGUGUGUGUGUGUGUGUGUGUGUGUGUGCUCACACAUGCAUUUAUGUGUGUGCAUGUGUACGUGUGGGUGGGUUAGUGUGGACGCGUAACCCUAACCUUUAUUCCUCGUCAGUUCCUCUUUCUCGCUCUCCUUCAUUUCCUUCAAUCCUUUCCUUUCCCUUUCACCCUCAGUCUCCUUUCUCCUUGAGUAACACAUUUUUUUUGCGGGGAGGGGGAGCAGAUGGACUUCCCAAGUUGGUAAUGAUGACCAUUUGACAUUAAACGAAUUUGUUCA